UCCAAUGAGGAGACGAUCGCUUAGCAUUUGGACAUUUGCGCAGCAAUCAGCAUUUCAGAAGUUCAGUGGUUCAGUGUUUCUACGUGAAAUCAUCAGUGCUAGUUUCCAAAUGGCUACACUCUAUGUUGGCGAUCUUCACCCUGAUGUGACCGAGUCCAUGCUCCUAGAGAAAUUCAGCUCUGUCGGGCGACUUCAUAAUCUCCGCCUCUGCUUGAACACCGGCACAUCACUCCAAUACGCUUUUAUCAACUUUCAGCAUCGGGCUGAUGCUGAGUGCGCUUUGGAGCUGCUCAAUUUCGAAACCCUUUUGGGUCAGCCCAUGCGCAUCAUGUGGUCCCAGAGUGACUCAUCCCUCAGAAACAGCAAUGAGGGAAAUAUCUUCAUCAAGGGCCUGGAGAAAUCCAUCGACAGCAUGGCCCUUUACGACACCUUCUCCACCUUCGGCAACAUCCUCUCAUGCAAGGUGGUGUGCGAUGAAAAUGGGUCCAAGGGAUACGGAUAUGUGCACUUUGAGAGUGCCGAGGCUGCCGAGACUGCCAUCAAGAGGCUGAAUGGCAUGCUCUUUAAUGACCACUAUGUGUUUAUCACGCACUUCAAGUCCCGCCAGGAGCGUCAAGAGCAGAAGGAGGAAGAGAGACAUCCUAAACCUCAACACAAGUUUGAGCAGUGUGUGAACCUGUGUCUGAGGAAUCUGGAUGUCUCUGUGGAUGACGAGCGUCUACAUAAAGAGUUCUCACCUUUUGGAACCGUCAUCCACGCAAAGGUGAUGGGGACCAGUGGCUGCUCUGGAAGGUUUGGGUUUGUAAGCUUCUCCUCUCCGGAGGAAGCCACAAAGGCAAUGAGCGAGAUGCAGGGAAGGAUGCUGGACAGAAGGGCGCUGCACAUCCGUCUGAUUCAGCGCCGAGUCCGAAGCCACUGACCAUCUACAUGUUGGAGUCAGAUGAUGUGAUUCGUGAACCUACUUUUCCUCUUUAAGUGUUUGCCUCCACCCAACAAGAAGAAUAAGAAUAGGAGAAAGAAGAAGCACUUGCAAUAAAAACCAAUUACAAAUUGCAACUUAA